AUGCACGAUCUGCGCAAAAAGGCGCUGCUGGAGAGCGGAAAGACGCAGUCGAAGAAGUCGAAGACGCGCGAGAGCACUCCGCCCAUCAGCCGGGGAAUCUCACCAGCAUCAUCGCGGCGCGGAUCCCGAGUCGCGAGCCGCAAUGUAUCCGACGACGAGAGCGAGCUGAGUGAUGGCACGCAGUGGGGAACGGACAGCAUCGACGCCUUGAUCGCGCCGAGUGAGGUGGAGGCCGAGGACGAGGAGGAUGCAUGGGUCGCGGAUUUGAACGAGCGCAUCGAGGCGCUGUGUGAUCGGAAGCGCAGCGCGACCGAAGGCAGGGAAGACGUGAUGCGCGGCGUAUGCAGCAUCAUGACUCGACACUACGCGCAGAUGGAGCUCCGGCCAAGACUCGGCGAGCUGCUCUCAAACGUCCUCAAGUCUGUCAAGAGCGGACAGAGUGAGCGGGAGGUCGUAUUGGCACUCAAGCUGAUCGCCUUGAUCCUGGUCACUGACCCCUCCGAGACCAUCUACGAUGCUGUCUCAGGCCCCUUCAAGAACACAAUCAACGAUUCUCAAUACUCAGAGGCCAAGAUCGCUGCCAUUCAUGCCCUAAGCGUGGCUACUUUCUACGGCGGCGCGUCCGAGGAGGAAACGGAGGARAACAUGGAGUUCUUCCUCGACAUCGCUUCAUCAGACGGUGCCGUGAUUGACGAAACUGACAAUGCCCAAGCGGUCGUCGCUGCCCUCGAGGAGUGGGGUUUUCUGGCCACCCAGCUCGAUGACGUGGAGGACAUGACCGAAGCCGCCAUGGACACUUUUGUCGAUCAGCUGGAAAGCAGCGAUGCCAAUGUACAGAUUGCAGCCGGCGAGAACAUUGCGCUGUUGUACGAGAAGAGCUACACCGAGGCUGAAUCGGACGACGAGGAACCCGAAAAGGACGACGAAGACGAGCAGCGAAACCCCGGGCCGCGCAUGGUGAAGCGAUACACCGUCUAUCGUCAGGCCCACCAACUUCAGCAGCAACUCGAGGCACUUGCCAAGGCGUCCUCGAAGCGGAUUUCGAAGAAGGACCGUAAGAAUCUUCAUCUCGCGUUCAAGGAUGUCAUCACCACAGUCGAGAAGCCGGCCCGUGGUCCCCGCUACAGCACUGCUCUGAACGAUGAAGGCCGCGAAUACGGGUCGAGGCUCAAGGUUUCAAUUGGGAGGAACAAUAAGAUGACCAUUGACAAGUGGUGGAAACUUCACCGUUUGAAUGGGUUGAAGCGUCUUCUUCAGGGUGGAUUCCUGAUACAUUACGAAUUCAACCAAACCGUCUUCGACAGCCUGCCUGUUAUCAUCGAGGAUGAUUAG